GACACGUCAAAUGAAUUGUGUACAAAUAAUCAUAACACUAUAUGCAAAUAGUUAAAAAAUGGAUCCAGAGCGAACAAAACUUUUACAGUUACUUUAUCCUGAAGGAUAUCCCGGUGAAUGGGACUACAAUGUUAACUUGAACGAAUACUUAACUAAACUAGGAACAUACAAAAUCGACGAUCUAAUAAAAGAACCGACACGUUUGCAAGAUGAAAAGAGUAACAUUCAUGAUCAGACCCAAGAACUUGCUUCAUCCAAUUACAAGAUAUUCAUAGAAACUGCUGACUGUUCCAGAGAACUGUUUACACAGUUUAAUGAGAUAGAAGACAGAGUUGGGAAACUGUUAACUCAUUUGCCAGAGUUUGAGAAAAAAUGUCAUGAGUUUAGUGAGUCAACAAGUGGAAUUAAUAACUUGAGGAAGUUAAAUUCUUUAACACUAACAAGAAAUGCACAGUUAUUAGAGAUUUUAGAAAUGCCACAAUUAAUGAACUCCUUUAUUAAUGAUGGUUUGUAUGAGGAUGCUUUGGAAUUGGCUGCAUAUGUUAGAAAAUUAUACAAUCAACAUUCAGACAUACCAAUAUUUAAAAGCAUACUUGAUGAUGUUAAUCAAGCUUGGUUAUUGAUGUUACAUCAGUUAUUAUCACAACUUUCACAGGAUUUAAGUUUACCAAAAUGUUUACAAAUUGUUGGCCACUUACGGAGGAUGGAAGUUUUUACUGAAUCUGAGUUAAGACUCAAGUUCUUACAUGCUAGAAAUGCAUGGUUACAAGCAUGUCUUAAUGCCAUAUCCUCUGAUGAUGUUAAUCAUCACAUCACAAAAACUAUAGAGGUCACAAGAGUAAAUUUGUUCAAUAUUGUUACACAGUACAGGGCAAUAUUCAAUGAUGAUGAACACAGUCCAUUAGCAUCAUUAAGAAGUCAAAAUAUAAAUCAAAACAUCAUAUUCUACAGUUGGAUAGAUAUCAAGGUGACAGAAUUUUUGAAAACCCUUGAAUCAGAUCUUUCAAAAGGAGUGACUUCAAUAGAUUCCAUUUUGGGGCAGUGCAUGUAUUUUGGUCUGUCCUUUAGCAAAGUGGGUUGUGAUUUCAGACCAUUAAUGAUACCCAUCUUCACCAAUACCAUAGCAACAUAUUUCAAGAACAGUAUUCGCAAAUCAAUUAGAAGCUUUGAGAAAAACAUUGAAAAGUUCACUUUAAUUAACAAAAAUCACACCAGUGUACCAUGGAAAUCAAAAACAGAGGACCAUCUGCAGCCCCCAGAAAGCUUACUGGAGUUUUAUCCACUAGCUGAGUAUUUAAAUAAUGUCUUAAACGCCUUAAAUGAAUUAAGAGUUUGUGCUCCUAUUGCUAUUAUAGAUGAGAUUGUUGACACAUUGGAAGAAUCACUAAUUAUUAUAGCAAAGUCCUUGUUGAUUUUAUAUGGACAAGAGCAACAAGCCUUUACAGCAAAUUCAAAGGAUGCUUUUACAAGGCUCUGUAUGUGUUUUGCAGAUGAUUUAGUACCUUACAUACAAAAAUGUGUUCAUAUUAUUUACCCACCAGGAAACAUUGCCUUGAAAUUGGGCAUUGGAGUUCAAACAUUGCAAAAUGAGGGUAUUUCCUUCAUUGAUAAGAUCAAAAUUGUUGAACCUAUAAAGCAUCUAUUGCCAGAGAAAAUAGAACCUACUUUAAAUUUGGAAGAAAAAAUUGAUCAAGGUGUGAUAAACAAAGAGAAUGUAACAGAAACAAGUCAGUCCUAGUUGUAAUGAUAUAUUUAUUUAAUUUUAUUAAAAUAAAAUUUUAUCCAUUA